AUGUCUCGCCGGCACGAAGAUUUUGAUGAAUUCUGUGACCCGGAGAAUCCUAGACCAAUCAAAUAUGAUGAAGUAAAAGAUGCAUUGGAACGUUUAAGUCCGUUUAUUACAAAAACCCCAUGUAUGCCAUCUCAUCACCAACGUGAAUUUACUAUGAAAUUAUAUUACAAGAUUGAGUCAAUGCAGAUAACGGGAAGUUUUAAAGAGAGGGGUUCACUAAACGUUUUGCAACUGUUACCAUUAGAUAAAAAGAAGAUCGGCGUCGUGAUAGCUUCAAUAGGCAAUGACGCCAUUGGUAUAUGUCACUACGGCGCCAAGCUCGGCAUACCAGUGGUUGUCGUGGUGCCUGUGACAAUUCCCAUAUGUAAACUGCAAAACUGUUACAGUCUCGGCGCAAAAGUUAUCCUAGAAGGAAGCAACUUGACGGAAUCUCAAAGAUUUGCGAGAUCGUUGGCGAAAGAUAAAGGACUUACGUAUAUUAACGCACGCGACCAUCCUCACAUCCUAAUGGGUUACGGUACAUUAGCACUGGAAAUUUUGGAACAAAUUCCGCUUGUUGAAGCAGUUAUUGUUCCAGUCGGCAGCGGUGGUCUGAUCGCGGCAGUUGCCGCCGUUAUCAAACAUAUUAAACCAAAUUGCCUAGUUUAUGGAGUGCAAUCAGAAAACAUACCGGCUUUCUUUAAAUCUUUGGAAAUGGACAAGCCGAUACAAGUGCCAAUGCAAGAUAAUAUGGCAGAUGCAAUAUCCGUGCCAAAUGUCGGUGUCAAUGCAUUCCAUACUGCAAAAACUCUGGUAGACAAAAUGCUAUUGGUAAAUCAGGACUGGAUAGCUCGAUCAAUUCUGCAUUUAAUUGAGAAAGAAAGAUUUGUAAUAGAAGGAGCAGGAGCUUGUCCGCUCGCUGCGAUUCUUGGGAAUCUCGUUCCUGAGCUCAAAACAAAAUAUGUGGUCGCCAUUCUCAGCGGGGGCAAUAUUGAUUACACUUCUCUGAUACGGUCCUUACAAAGAGGACUAUCUGUAAUUGGAAGGCUAGUCAGAUUUAGCGUUGGCGUUAAAGAUGAUCCAAAAGCUUACAGUCAAUUGCUAUCGCUAAUAGCCAACGGAGGGUAUAACGUGGUUCAUCAGUUCCAAGAUCGAAUUUGGGUGGAAGGCAGCGACUAUACGAUCGAGAUCAAAUUAGUUUGUGAAACUAGAAACCUAGAACAUGCCUUAGAACUGAAAAGGAUAAUAGAGAGGGCGUAUCCUUACACCUCCGAGUUCGAGACUGAACCUUUUAACGAUAAAAGAAUGUGCCCGUGCUACGGUCGAGUCGCUACGUAAAGCUGAAAUUCUAAACAAAUUUUAUUAUUUUCAAUAACUAUCUUUUUCUUUUAACAAUUACUCAUAUUUUUAUUAUCGCAUUGUUUUCAUUUCGGAUGUAAUAAAUUCAAUAUUCAUCUGAUAACAACAGAGGUUAACAGUAAUUUUGAUAUUUUAGUUUCAUUUGUGU